CCGCACAGCAGCACCAUCACACACACACACACACACAUUGCUUGCUGCACUCUGUUGCUUGCCGUACUUGGUUGGCGGUGGCAACGCAAAGUGGGCCGAGGGGGACGAGAGUAGACGCCAUGUGGACUACGCCAGAGGAGAUCUUGAUCGCCAACGCGCUAUGGACAACGCGUGAGUCGAACCGGUUCUUUGCGCUGCAGGAGAGGCGCGGGCACGGCAAGACCACCUCCUUCUUCUCACGCAUCAUCGGUACCUUCGAUAGCCUCAGCGACGCGCAUCGCACGUGCCCAUAUCGUAUCCUCCUGUCGCAACCGGACUCCGAGGUCAGCUACCAGAUUGCAAAGGCCCAUCACCGCGAGGAGAUUGAGCACCAUUGGCACUGGCUCGAAGAGAACAUCCUCGAAAGGCUUGAUUCGAUCGAGUCGCCAGAAGAUGUCCGCCAGUUUGUGUUUGGCAAGUUGGAGAGCAUUGCAAAGGCCAAGCCGUCCGCAGCGCAGCAAGAGGCGGAUGCGCCUGUGAUUGCAUUCCGCCGUCUCUUCCAAAUGCCGCCCGAGGAGCGACUCGUAACUUCGUGUCUGUGCAACUACUGGAGCAACAAGCACACGAUGCCGAAGAAGGGUUGGCUGUAUGUGUCUGUGAACCACUUCAACUUCUACUCGUUCAUCUUGGGGGAGGAGGUUCGACUGUCCAUCCCGUGGACACACGUUGUUGGCGUGGUCGAGGUGACACGCUUCAUGGCUCCAGCCAUCCGUAUCACAACCAGCACGCACAAGCACGUGCUGUCGUCUGUGCCGGAUCGAGAGAUGAUGCUACAGCUCUUCUAUCAGCUCACAGCAAAAGCCAUGAGCAGGCUGCUUGAGAUCUCUGACGACGCGUUCAGCUAUCUCGACACGCUCGAAUACGAGACGCAGCUCAUGCGCGACGAACACGCGGAGCGCGAUGUGCCGGAUGACCGCUUGUUUGAAUACUACUGCCACCAAUACGAAACGCAGCAAUAUCGGGAGUUGUUUCGCCUGCCGCAGUCUGAACAGCUAGAGAGCAGAUGGGACUGUGCCGUCUUCGACACUCACACACGCGAGCCCGUGUUUGGGCGGUUGUAUGUGUCUGCCAACUACAUGUGUUUCAGCAGCGGCAAAGCAAGCGGCCUCACCCUCAUCCUCGCAUACAGAGACAUUGCGACGAUUGAGCUGACGGACGAGGCGCGCCGGUCAUCGGAUCCAGCAGCCGUCAUGUCCGCAAUUUGCAUCACCCCGCACGGACAGAAGGGCCACACGAUGUUUGGGUUCAUGGCGGAUCCCGCGAAGAUUGCGCGGCUUGCACUCGACCGAACAACGGAAGCAAAGGCCCGACGCAGGAAGCACGAUGCAGCGGAAAAAGACGCCGAUGUCAUUGUUGAGGAGGAGCACAUCCUCAAGCGACCCUUGCACGAGGAAUAUGGGACGGAUUCCGGCAAGGAGGUGCAGCCAACGAAGCAGCACCACAUCAGUCUCCUCAAAGAGCAACAAUGGCACGCCUUUUUGGAGGAAAAUGCGUGUGGUGCAUCCACGUUUAGAACGGGCGCAGAACGCGAUUUGGUCGUCAAGGGCAUUCCACUCAAACUCAGGCCACAACUGUGGAUGGAGUACAGCGGCGCGCUGCACGACAUGCAGGCGGCGCCCGGCGAGUAUGCACGGCUCCUCGUUGCCAACCGCGGCCGCACGUGUCUCGCCAUUGAGGAGAUUGAGCGUGACCUGCACCGCUCACUGCCAGAACACCCGGCGUUCCAGCGCGAUGUUGGCAUUGAUGCGCUGCGUCGUGUGCUCACGGCAUACGCGUGGCGCAACCCGGAGAUUGGGUACUGCCAGGCCAUGAACAUUGUCACCUCCGUGAUGCUCAUUUACACGAGCGAGGAGGAGGCGUUCUGGCUGCUGUGCGCGCUGUGCGAGCGGCUGCUGCCUGACUACUACACCAAGAAGAUUGUUGGCGCGUUGGUUGACCAGCGCGUGUUUGAGAAUCUUGUCACGGAGUUCAUGCCGGAGCUUGGCCGCCACCUUGAAGCGACGGGUCUGCUGGGCAUGUUAUCGCUGCCGUGGUUCAUCACGAUGUUUGUCAGCGUCAUGCCGUUCCAAAGCGCCGUCAGCGUUCUCGACUGCGUCUUCUACGAUGGCGCGCGCGUGCUGCUGAUGCUCGGCCUUCAGCUUCUCGAAGACAACUACGACGAGCUUCUUCAACAACCAGAGGACUGUUACAUCAUGGCGACACUCACGCAGGCGCUACAGGCAAUCUCAAACACAGAGACGCGGACCACGCACAAGGGCGACAAGAAGGGGAGCAACGUCAACAGUCUGCUCCACCGCGCGUACAACAAAUACGGCCACUACGUCACGAACGAAUAUCUCAUCAAGCAGCGUCGAAACGUCCGCCUGGGCGUUGUGCAGGAGCUCCAGAAUUCUGUGAGCCGGAGUGCUGUGCGGACAGUUGUCGGUGAUUCGCUCUUUGACAAGGACGAGCUCGCGUUUCUUCACCGCGAAUUCCACGACGGAUGCAUGAAGGUUGCGUUCUGGACGCAGCAGAAGGACCGACACAAGCGCCGGUAUCUCGAUCAGACGCAAUUUGGUGCGCUCUUACGCAAGCUCACGGAAUGGGACGUGUUUGCUGACGCAAUGUACACGCUGUUGCACAAGGAGGGGCCUGUCAACUUUGUUUCCUUCACCAACGCCCUGGGCAUUGUUUGCCGCGGCUCCCUCAACAGCCGUCUCGUCAUGCUUCUCCGCAUGUUUGAGACUCCAAACACGCGCAAGUUCCCAGACAAAGUUGACCACCAGCAGCUCGCAAACCUCUGGCAGCACCUCAGCGAACUCUUCACCACCAACUCGUGCGAGAAGGACAUGCGUUACGAGCAAGCAUUCAACGAGGUGGUUGCCACAGCUGUCACGCUUGCGUCCAAGCAGGAAUGCCUGCCCAUGAGUGUGCAUGUGAGCGAUGGUGAGGAGAGGGAAGGUACAGCCGAGCACAAACACGGUGCUGAUUCUGCCAGGCAGACUGGCGUUGGUGGUGGUGAUGGUGAGGGUGAGGACAAGGGCACAGGUGCCAGCGAGACGAACGUGGUGGUGGAGAAAGGAGCGCCAACAGCUGAUGACGAUGAUGAUAAUGAUGAUGAUGCAGAGGCCCUCAGCGACGCUGGUGAUCGCGAUGAUGACGAUGAUGAUGAUGAAGAAGUAGAGGAGGAGGAGAAGGAGGUUGCAACUGGUGAUGAUGGUGAGCAGAAUGCAGGCGAUGAGAAUGAAGCGACGAGCAAAGGUGGGCAGGUGGUGGUGCCGGAAGCCAGUGAAGGACAGCACACCACACAGGCGGAGGAUGGAGAGCCAGGAGAAGAAGAAGAAGAAGAAAGUGCGCAGAAGCCCGCAGCGCCUGAGGUGACAACAGCAGCAGACAUGACGCCAACGCCCGCUGCCGAUGCAGAUGCCGUGUUGAUGAUGGUGGCGGAGGAAGUGGGGUCGCACCCUGCCUCACACCACCCAGCAACAACAGCAUCAACACCAGCGUCAGCAACAGCAUCAGCAACAACGCAGCAGCGAGAUCGCACACGCUCCGAAGCGUCGCUGUGGUCCAAAGCGUCAGUUGAGGAGAUGGAGGCGAAUCCGCACACGGAGACGAUGACGUUCAAAGUGUUUCGUGCCGCCGUGUUGUCGCAACCGCUCAUGGUCGAGUACUUUGAGCGACAGGUUCCGCUGCGGGAACGCGACUGAUGUGUGUGUGUGUGUGUGUGUGUGUGUUUGUGUGUGUGUGUGUG